UAGAAGGAAAAGGAAGUGGGGGGUUAAAGAAAGGAAACGGGCGCGCCUAGGUUUUUAUCAGCGCUCUGAAUGGGUAGUUUAUCUCGGAUCGGGUUGGCCGCUACUGGAGACUGCUGUGCCACUCGCGGUUAGCGGUUUUCAUUCUCUCGGGCCUUUAUUUCGCUGCUGCUUGAUGCCAUGCCUGCUACAAAGAAGAAUCCUGAGCACAAUCGCGUUGGGAUUGUAUUCAACAAGUUGAUGAAGCAGAUUGAAAGUCCUGUUGAUUUCGAGCUUCCGGAUUGGUUUAACAAAUGGAAGCCUACGCCCUACACCUUUAUAAAGCGCAAUAUAUAUCUCACGAAAAGGAUUAAAAGACGCCUCGAGGAUGAUGGAAUAUUCUGUUCCUGUUGUCUUUCACCUGGAUCUUCUGGUGUGUGUGAUAGAGAUUGCCAUUGCGGGAUGCUUCUAUCUAGCUGCUCCUCUGGCUGUAAAUGUGGGAGUUCAUGCCUCAACAAACCAUUCCAGAGCCGACCUGUGAAGAAGAUGAAACUGGUGAAGACUGAGAAAUGCGGUUCUGGAAUUGUGGCAGAUGAAGAUAUCAAACAAGGAGAGUUUGUAAUAGAAUAUGUGGGAGAAGUUAUUGAUGACAAAACAUGUGAGGAAAGGCUCUGGAAUAUGAAACACCGUGGAGAGACAAACUUUUACUUGUGUGAAAUUAAUCGAGAUAUGGUAAUUGAUGCGACAUACAAGGGAAACAAGUCAAGAUAUAUAAACCAUAGUUGUUGUCCAAAUACUGAGAUGCAAAAAUGGAUAAUUGAUGGGGAAACAAGGAUUGGCAUAUUUGCAACUCGCUGCAUAAAAAAGGGGGAGCAUCUGACCUAUGAUUAUCAGUUUGUUCAGUUUGGUGCAGAUCAAGAUUGCCAUUGUGGUGCUACUGACUGCAGGCGGAAGCUGGGCGUCAGACCUGCCAAGCCUAAGAUGUCUUCAGAUGCCGCAUUGAAACUAGUAGCAUAUCAGGUGGCUGUGUCAUCUCCCAAAUUGAAAGCAAUUCUGUCUGGAAAGGAUUUCUGCAAGCCACUGACUAACUAUUGGAUAUUUGUCUGGAAGGUUUAUCAGAAUGGAGGUUUACAUGUAGGGAGUUCACAUGUUCGUAAUGAACCAAAAGCUUUCUCCCGUAAUUGCAUUGGUGAAGUUAUUCGGAUAACCCGCCCCAUGAAUGAGAGGUCCUUUGGGAUUAUCAAACGUUUUGAUAAAUUUUCCAAAAAACACUCGAUCAUGUUUGAAGAUGGUGCUGUCGAAUUUCUUGACAUGACAAAAGAAGAUUGGGAAUUAGCAAUGUUGUGAUUUUAGUGUGGGGAUUUUGUUGAAGCAAAGAUCGCACCGAUGGUCAUAAGCAAUUGUAACAUGUUUCACUGUACUAGAGCAUCGUCUCUGUUGUCUCUCAUAAAACAAGGAUCCAUCUGCCUUGCGCAUGACUCACAAGAAUGCAAAAUACCAAAUGAAUGAACCCUAGUUGUGCACUCAUAAAAUAAGCAAUUCAUCGUUCCUUGCAUGGAGUUCACCCAGAAUGUUGUACCAUUUUUUCUUAACCUAAUAAGGAGUUUGUAAACUGAUUCCAUUGAUGUUAAAGAUAUUUUUGUAAGGGGAAACUAGUAGGGUCCCCUCUUGGAUA